AUGACAGCUGAAAAGGCUAUCCCUACAAUUAAUGGCAAACCCGAAGAUGCUCAGGAUCCUGAAGCCUCCAGCACCAAUUUGGUCCACAGCAACGAUAAGAAGGUGCACGAAAGAGGCCAUUGGAACAAUAAAAUUGAAUUUGUGCUAUCGGUGGCAGGGGAAAUUAUUGGGUUGGGGAACGUGUGGCGAUUCCCAUAUCUCUGCUACAAAAAUGGAGGAGGUGCCUUCCUUAUACCCUAUGUCAUUUUCUUCAUUUGCUGUGGAAUACCAGUGUUUUUCUUGGAAACUGCUUUGGGGCAGUUUACUAGUGAAGGAGGAAUUACAUGCUGGAGAAAAGUUUGCCCAUUGUUUGAAGGGAUUGGAUACGCCACCCAGGUUAUUGAAGCACAUUUGAAUGUUUACUAUAUCAUCAUUUUAGCAUGGGCUAUUUUUUAUCUAUUUAACUGCUUCACAAUGGAGCUUCCCUGGGCAAGCUGUGGUCAUGAGUGGAACACAGAACAUUGUGUGGAAUUUCAGAAACUUAAUAUGAGCAAUUGCACUCAACAAUAUUUGAAGAAUGCUACUUCUCCAGUCAUGGAAUUUUGGGAACGAAGAGUGUUGGCCAUAUCGGACGGCAUUGAACACAUUGGGGAUCUGCGCUGGGAACUGGCACUAUGCCUUCUGGCUGCCUGGACUAUCUGCUACUUUUGCAUUUGGAAAGGUACAAAGUCAACUGGCAAGGUUGUAUAUGUAACGGCUACAUUUCCAUACGUCAUGUUGUUGGUUCUACUGAUUCGAGGAGUAACAUUACCUGGGGCCUCUGAAGGAAUAAAAUUCUACCUGUAUCCCGACCUAUCUCGUCUUUCUGACCCACAGGUCUGGGUAGAUGCUGGAACACAGAUAUUUUUCUCCUAUGCUAUCUGCCUGGGAUGCUUGACAGCCCUAGGAAGCUACAAUAACUACAAUAAUAACUGUUAUAGAGACUGCAUUAUGCUCUGUUGCCUGAACAGUGGUACAAGCUUUGUGGCUGGUUUUGCCAUCUUUUCUGUUCUUGGCUUUAUGGCUUUUGAACAGGGGGUUCCCAUAGCAGAGGUUGCAGAAUCAGGACCUGGACUUGCUUUCAUUGCAUAUCCAAAAGCUGUAACAAUGAUGCCUCUUUCUCCAUUGUGGGCAACUUUGUUUUUCAUGAUGCUUAUAUUCCUUGGAUUAGAUAGUCAGUUUGUGUGUGUUGAGAGUCUUGUGACAGCAGUGGUGGAUAUGUAUCCCAAAGUUUUCCGGAGAGGAUAUAGAAGAGAAAUGUUGAUUCUAGCUCUUUCAAUUGUGUCUUUCUUUCUUGGUUUAAUCAUGUUAACAGAGGGCGGAAUGUAUGUUUUCCAGCUAUUUGAUUCUUAUGCUGCUAGUGGAAUGUGCCUUCUUUUUGUUGCUAUAUUUGAGUGUGUCUGCAUUGGGUGGUUUUAUGGAAGCAAUCGGUUUUAUGACAACAUUGAAGAUAUGAUUGGGUACAGACCACUGAUAAUGUUUAAAUGGUGUUGGAUGUUCAUUACUCCUGGUAUUUGUGCAGGCAUCUUCAUAUUUUUCCUGGUGAAAUAUAAACCUUUGAAGUAUAACAACGUAUAUAUAUACCCAGACUGGGGUUAUGGUAUUGGCUGGAUGAUGGCUCUGUCCUCCAUGGUCUGCAUUCCUUUGUGGAUCUGUGUAAAACUGUGGAAAUCAGAAGGAACCAUUUUGGAGAGAUUCAGAAAACUGAUUGUACCUAGCCCAGAUCUGAAAAUGAGAGGAAAGAUCAGAGCUGGCUCAUAUGUUGCUACAGCAAAUGACUACGAUGCCAAACUGAAAGGUGAUGGCAACAUUUCAGCCAUUACAGAAAAAGAAACACAUUUCUAA